AUGUCUGUUGAUAUUUCUGAUUUAUUACCAGUACUUGAAUCUAAUUUUGAGUCUAGUGUAACCCUUUCUGGUGUAUUAUCUCGGAGAGAAAAAUAUAAACAUGCGAUUACAAUGGGUGUUCUAUUCUUUAUCAAUUUAUUAAAUUUUAUGGAUCGAUUUAUUAUUGCAGGUGUACUAGACAAAAUUAUACAUGAUUUUUCUGUUGGAGAAGCAAAAGGUGGUCUUCUUCAAACAGUAUUCGUUUGUAGUUAUAUGGCUUUAGCACCAGUCUUUGGUUAUUUAGGAGAUCGAUAUAGUCGAAAAAUGUUAAUUAUUGUGGGUGUUAGUAUUUGGUCUAUGACUACUUUAGCCGGAUCAUUUGUACCAAAUCAUAUGUUUGCGGUUUUUGCAAUAUUACGUGGUUUAGUUGGUAUUGGUGAAGCUUCAUAUUCAUGUGUUGCACCUACAAUCAUUGCUGAUAUGUAUAAACAUGAUACGAGAACAAGAAUGUUAGCUCUUUUCAAUAUUGCUACUCCAGUAGGAGGUGGUCUUGGUUAUAUUGUUGGUGCAUAUGUUACAGUUGCAUUUCAUGGUGAUUGGCGUUGGGCUUUACGAUUUACCCCUGCUCUUGGUUUCAUUUGUGUUAUAUUACUUAUUGUUCUCGUUAGAGAACCAGUGCGAGGUGGUGCUGAUGGAGCACAAGUUUUAAAAAGAGAUUCUUGGGUUUUAGAAAUCCAAAGAAUCUUCCAAGUGAAAAGUUUUGUUCUUACAACACUUGGAUUUACAUGGGUAGCAUUUGCAUUAGGUUCACUUGCUUGGUGGGCACCAAGAUUUCUUCAAUUAGCUUAUAGUUGGCAUUACAAUAUUGUAACUGAAAAAAUGAAAGCCAAUGUCAGUCUCUAUUUUGGUAUAGUAACGUGUGGUGCUGGACUUCUUGGGGUACUACUAGGAAGUGAAGUAGCUAGAUGGUAUCGUAAAAGAAAUCAACGUGGUGAUCCAAUAGUUUGUGGUGUUGCUGUCAUUUUAGCCAUACCAUUUCUAUUUAUUGUACUUAUCAUUUCUAAACACAGUAUAAUUGCAACAUGGAUUUGCAUUGCUAUUACUGAAACAUUACUUUCUAGUAAUUGGGCAAUAAUAUCAGAUAUGCUUAUGUACAUCAUCAUUCCACCAAGACGUGCUACAGCAAGUUCUAUUCAAAUAUUUAUUUUACAUUUACUUGGUGAUGCAUCUAGUCCAUAUAUAGUUGGUAUAAUAAGUGAAGCCCUUGGAAAAGGAUCAAAGGAUGAGAAAGUUAUAUGGCAAGCCUUACGAAAUGCUCUAAUGUUAACACCAACUGUUGCUUGUUGUGGUGGUAUCGCUUUUCUCAUAGCGGCUCUUUUUAUUAUUCGAGAUCGUCGUGAAGCCGAAGCUACUAUACAAUUGAUGAAUUUGUCAGACAAUAUUCGAAUGGAAGAAAAACAAUAA